AUGUCUGCCUUUGUUGGAAAGUAUGCAGAUGAGCUUAUCAAGAAUGCCAAGUACAUAGCUACCCCUGGCAAGGGUAUCUUGGCAGCAGAUGAAAGCACAGGGACCAUUGGCAAGCGUCUAGCAAGCAUCAACGUUGAGAACAUCGAGGCCAACCGUCAAGCUCUUCGCGAACUUCUUUUCACUUCUCCUAAUGCACUCCAAUACCUCUCUGGUGUCAUCCUCUUUGAGGAAACUCUUUACCAGAAGUCCUCUGAAGGGAAGCCUUUUGUUGAAAUCCUCCAAGAGAACAAUGUCAUACCAGGCAUCAAAGUUGACAAGGGUGUUGUUGAAUUGGCUGGAACAAAUGGUGAAACAACAACACAAGGCUUUGACUCUCUUGGAGCUAGAUGCCAGCAGUACUACAAGGCUGGAGCGCGCUUUGCCAAGUGGCGUGCAGUCCUCAAGAUUGGCCCCAAUGAACCCUCUGAGUUGUCUAUCCAGCAAAACGCACAGGGGUUGGCUCGCUACGCCAUCAUUUGCCAGGAGAAUGGCCUCGUGCCUAUUGUUGAGCCCGAGAUUUUAACUGAUGGAUCUCAUGACAUCGCCAAAUGUGCUGCUGUUACUGAAACUGUGCUUGCAGCCUGUUACAAGGCUCUGAAUGAUCAACAUGUCCUUCUUGAAGGAACUCUUCUCAAGCCCAACAUGGUCACCCCCGGUUCUGAUAGCCCAAAGGUAUCACCUGAGGUGAUUGGCGAGUACACAGUUACUGCAUUGCGCAGAACUGUCCCAGCUGCGGUACCAGGGAUUGUAUUUCUGUCAGGAGGACAAAGUGAAGAACAAGCUACACUGAACUUGAAUGCAAUGAACAAGUUUGAUGUUGUGAAGCCAUGGACACUUUCAUUCUCAUUUGGGAGAGCACUGCAGCAAAGCACACUCAAGACAUGGUCUGGAAAGAAAGAGAAUGUUGGCAAAGCUCAAGAUGUGUUUUUGGCAAGAUGCAAGGCCAAUUCUGAAGCUACUUUGGGAAAGUAUGGUGGUGGAAGUGAAACUGGAUUGGCUUCUGAGAGCUUGUAUGUUAAGGACUAUAAGUAUUAA